AUGUCUGGCCUGGAGCUCUUUGCUCGGGACAGCCGGUCUAGGCUGGAGAAAAAUGCUGAGGCCGUGGCGGUGUUUUUUUCAGACGUCUACAGCAGGGAUGAUGAUGAAAGAAACUGGUCAUUCUCUUAUCUCAAGGAGCAGUUACUUCUUAAGAAUUCCCAAACUUUGUUCAGGAGAUAUCAAGUCCGUGUACAGCAUGCCUUGUUCGUGGAAUUACUGGCUUUUAAUUUAGUCUAUAACUCUUUGAGCCUCCUAGCAUACAUUUUCUUUCCUGACAUGGAACAACUAUCCGAGGUCUCAGCUGGGGCUAUCCAGACAGGUAGGGUUUGUCGAAGCGUCAGCCUUGUCUGCCACUUGGCCGUAUUCGUCGCUGCUUACAAAGAAAGCCUCUUUCGAUCAGCAAGUUCCAAGAUAGCAGCAGCAUGCUUAAUUCUCUUCUGCAUGAUACUGGGAGAGAUGGGUUCCACGAUUUAUAGAUUUUCAAGAGGAUUUCCAGAGGUGACCAUCCAUCAUACUUUUUACAUCGUGCUGACAACAACAGUUCUUCUACCGUUUCCAAGAAAGUUAUACAGUGGCAUUUCAGCUGCUUCAGUUAUCACAUUAGAUCUUAUGCUAGAUAGUAUUGGCUCAAUAGGAAUCAAGAACAAAUUCAUAGUGAUGUGUGCUGAUGUUGUAUUCUUUGCAACUAUCCUGGCCGUUGGUCUGGGUAUAAGAUAUUUGAUUGAAAUAAUGAAUCGCAGAGCCUUCUUAGACAGACGAGAAACUUUAGAAUCAAAAAUCAAAACCGAAACAGAAAAAAACCAGGAGGAAAAAUUUCUUCAAAGCAUCCUGCCAAGCCACAUAGCUGAAGAAGUACGAGAUGACAUCCGUGAUGUGAUGAAGGACGCGGAUCGUCUGCAUAUUCAUCACAAACCAUUCAACAAGUUGUAUGUGGAGAGGCAUAAAGAUGUCAGCAUUCUGUACGCAGAUAUUGUAAAUUCCAUGCUUCUGGCCGCAAGUCUCAACGUAUCUGACCUGGUGGAAACUCUUAAUGACCUUUUUGGGAGGUUCGACCACUCAGCAGAGAAAAACAAUUGUAUGAGGAUAAAAUUACUAGGGGACUGCUACUAUUGCGUCAGUGGAAUUACGAACAGAGAUGACAGACAUGCGGACAAUUGUGUGUUGACAGGACUGAAAAUGAUUGACAUAAUAAGAUGUGUUCGUGAAAAGCGUUCCAUCAAUGUCGACAUGCGGAUCGGUAUUCAUACUGGAAAUGUUUUAGGAGGUCUCCUGGGUUUACGAAAAUGGCAGUUUGAUGUCUGGUCAAAAGAUGUCACUAUCGCAAGCCACAUGGAACAAGCAGGGAUUCCAGGCCAUGUUCACAUCACGAAAACGACAAAGGAUCAUUUACAAGAUGAUGCGUAUGAUAUACAACCAGGCGAUGGUUAUCUUCGAGAUUCCUAUCUGCAAAACGAAGGAAUAGAGACAUAUUUGAUAAGCUCCAUAAGAAGGAGCCAGGAUCCUCACGACAAUAGAUUGGACUCUCCGGAUAUCAUCAAAGGACUUGAGAGGCCGCAGUUCCAGAGACAAGUCUCUGCAUCAAGAGGAUCAAACAUCGCAAGGUUGUCUAAUAGGCAAUCAAGUAAUGAUACUUUCACUCCAAUGUCGAGACGUGGUGCUUUGGGCUACAGUCUUCAUCAAUACCGAAAAAUGGUAGGUCAAGUGAAUGACAUUUUGGAAAAGAGCAUUGAUAAAAUGGCUCUCAGUAAAAAAGACCAGUGGUUUUCCAAUGUAGGAAUUCAACCUCUUUUGCUAACAUUUCGAGAAAAAGGACGUGAAAAGCCUUACCUGAAUCAGCCAGAUCCCCUAUUCAAGUAUUACUUGCUUUGUAUGAUUGCUAUAUUUUGUGGAAUAACCAUUAUACAUCUCCUUAUUCUUUCUCGUACGCUUGAGUUUUGGAUCUGUUAUGGCAUAACUCUUCUAUUAAUUUUGGGAGCUUUCAUACCAUCUUGGGCUGGAUACAUUUGGCUGUCUUUAAAAGCAGAUGAUUCAGAUGUCAUGCUAAAUUCAACUGUUCUCAAAAUAUCCCGAAAAGUUUGGAAGACGACUUCAAUUCGAGUAAUCAUGUGGCUGGCUAUUUCCACCAUGAUUCUGUUCUGUUCAAUAGCUGGCUUGAACGAAUGCUUAGACGUUGGUCUCUUUGAUAUGCUCAAGGGUGGAAAUGCAUCAGCCACUGAUAACACAACUUCGUUGAACUACGCAGACAGCUGUGGUUAUCCAUGGUUUUAUACUUUAUGUGCAGCGUUAGCCAUGACAACAACUACCGUUUUCUUGAGGAUCCAUUACCUGAUGAAGCUGGCGUUGAACAGCAGCGCAUUGGGAAUCUUCUGGUACAUCAUGGAUAUUCGUGGAGAGGAAGUGUUUCGCCAGCAAAGAGCGAAAUUCUCCGAUUGGGAGGAAUUUGGAUUCCCGGUGGAUCAAAGUCAUUGUUUUUAUCUCGCUUUCGUGGUUUGCAUUCUCCACAUCGUCGACAGGCAAGUGGAAUACGUAUGUAGACUCGAUUUUCUGAUGAAAGUUCAACUAAAAGCAGAACAGGAAGAAGCUAGUUCGAUAGAAGUCCUCAACCGAAUGCUGCUUUACAAUAUUCUGCCUCCUCAUGUGGCAAAAUUUUACCUCAGCAAACAGCUGGAUGACGAUUCAGAAAAAGUGGAGGUCGCGACUUAUCACGAGGAGUGUUCUUCCGUAGCUGUUCUAUUUGCUUCUAUUCCUAAAUUCGCCGAUUUUUACUACGAAGAUGAUGAAAAUGAAGAAGGUUUGCGGUGCAUUCAGCUUCUGAACGAAAUAAUUUGCGAUUUUGAUAUGCUUCUAUACCAAACACAAUUUGGAUGUAUAGAAAAGAUAAAGACUAUUGGUAGUACCUUUAUGGCAGCAUGUGGACUUCAUUCACAAAAAGAAGAGCAGAUCUGCAGUGAAAUGUCAGAUGAUCCAGCUAUGAAUGUUCUAGUCCUGGCUAAAUUCGCCGUUAGCAUGAUGUCUAGUUUGCAUCAACUUAACAAAGACGCCAUGCAAGAUUUCCAGUUGAGAGUAGGCAUAUCAGUUGGACCUGUGAUGGCUGGAGUAGUAGGCACUGUGAAACCUCAAUACGAUAUAUGGGGGGACACAGUAAAUGUUGCAAGUCGAAUGGACAGUACAGGAAUAGCAGGGAGAAUUCAGGUAACUGAAGAAGUGGCUUAUCUGCUGUCAACUGUAAAUUGUCCCUAUGAAAGUGAGUGUCGAGGAGAAAUUUUUGUAAAAGGGAAAGGAAAUCUAACUACAUAUUUUCUACAGACUCCUUUUGAUGAACCUCCAUUUCAAGUUACAAAACUCUGA